UUACCUAGAAGUCAUCUUUGCAGCUCGUUCUCUAAUCAUGAAUAACCGUCUUGGUCGGCGUAAAAUUUUAUUUAUUUUUGUAACAAUUUUGUUGUUUUUCGUCCAUGAAUAUUUUCGUGAUUUGAAGGAGGCGAAGGAGCUAUCAGAGACACGCCAGCUCGAGGAUAUUUUGCUUUCGAAUCAGAUGCCAGCUCCCGGCCGGAGCAUAUUUUUUAUCGAAACCUUGUUCCAGCCUUCCGCGAACCAUAAGUCCAGGUCCCUAGAGCUAAGUCCCCGCCAGGCAUGCGCCAUCGAAUCGGCAGCUUUGCAUAAUCGCAAUUCCGAGGUGUUUGUUUUGUUUGUUGGCUCAACGGCGAGGAUACCUGGCGAUGCACAUCCACUGAUAGAAAUCAUCUCUAGCUACGUUAAUGUGCAUUUCCGAAGUCUUGAUAUCUGGAGCUACGCUGCCGGAACGCCGCUUGAAUCGUGGCUCAAAAAGGGCGAUUUGUUUACCUCGAAAUAUUUAUUUUCUCAUCUUUCGGAUUUCUUACGUUUUCUGACCCUCUACCGCUUCGGCGGCGUAUACCUCGAUAUGGAUGUAGUUGUGCUUCAAACACUGGAUCGCUUGCCACCAAACUGCGUCGGGGCAGAGGACUCAGGUUCCAUAAACUCAGCCGUAAUAAAAAUAGCCGCCACUUCUACCGGUCGUAAGAUUGCCAAACUAUUUUUAUAUGACUUAAGGGACAAUUUCAAUGGAAGCCUUUGGGGUAACAACGGGCCGGGUGUGGUAACCCGCGUGUCCCAGAAAUUGUGCAAAACUCAUGAAAUUCCAAGGAUCUACCUAAGAUAUUCGCGCUGUUCUGGAAUUAGGGUAUUUAGUCCUAGUGCAUUUUAUGCUGUUCAUUGGUCAAAAUGGCAGGACUUCUUUGACUCUGAUAAACUGGAAAAAACAAUGGUUGCCAUGGAGCAUUCGUAUGUUGCACAUGUGUGGAAUCAUAUGUCCAAGAACUGGAUUCUGACGGCUACCUCAAAAAACGCAUACCGAAAGAUCACGGAAAAGAACUGCCCCCGAAUCUACAAAGCCUUGGGCGGUGUUUUAUAAAUGAAAACAAUUAAAUCUGUCAUUUUCCUCGAUUAAGUAUUAAAGAACAUAUUAUUUUAUAUUAAUAUUAAAAUAAAUAUUAUUUUAAUAAUACUUAAUACGCGGACAAUAAACUUUUUAAGAAAUCAACUUAAUUUAAGUAAGGCAAUAAGUUAAAAUAUCAAAAAAAUAUUAAACUAUUCUUCAUUUAACACAUUAGUUUACAAAGCUGUGUUGCACUUUGUCAACACAGCUGGACUUCGAAACAAAUUCAUAAUUACUAUAUCAUUAUGCUGUAUUAGUUAUCUAGACAAGAGGAAAAGGUUAG